UGCUGGGGAUUACGUAAGCAGUCGUUCCGCUGCUGUUGAGAGCUCAGUGCCGAGACAGAAAACCAAAACACCGCAGAGUUUGUGCCUUUUCAGAAAACAAUUAUGGAAACAACCAUGAAGAAGGACACCGAGAGCGUCUGUGUGCUGUGCUGCCAGGACAUCGACAUCUUCGCUGUAGGGAAAUGUGACCACCCGGUGUGCUACCGCUGCUCCACCAAGAUGCGGGUGCUGUGUGAGCAGAGAUACUGCGCUGUGUGCCGCGAGGAGCUCGACAAGGUUAUCUUUGUAAAAAAACUUCAACCGUUUGCUGCUCUACCUCAUCAUGAAUACCAGUUUGAGAAGAAAUAUGACAUCUAUUUCUGUGACGGAAAAAUCUUUGCACAGUUCAGGAGGAUUUUGCUGUCUGAAUGUCCAAAAUGUCCUGAGCCCAAAGUGUUCUCCAAAUUUGAGGAGCUGGAGCAACACAUGCGGAAGCAGCAUGAGCUCUUUUGCUGCAAGUUAUGUGCUAAGCACUUAAAGAUAUUCUCCUAUGAGAGGAAGUGGUACAAUCGCAAGGACUUGGCUCGACAUCGAACACAAGGGGACCCAGAUGACACGUCUCAUCGUGGCCAUCCACUUUGCAAAUUCUGUGAUGAUAGAUACCUGGAUAACGAUGAAUUGCUUAAGCACUUAAGGCGAGACCACUACUUCUGCCAUUUUUGUGAUGCGGAUGGAGCACAGGAAUACUACAGUGAUUACCAGUACCUCAGCGAGCACUUCAGAGAGAGCCAUUACCUGUGUGAGGAAGGUCGCUGUAGCACAGAACAGUUCACGCAUGCUUUUCGGACAGAGAUUGACUACAAGGCUCACAAGGCUGCUGCCCAUAGUAAGAACCGGGCUGAGGCACGGCAGAACCGCCAAAUUGAUCUACAGUUCACCUAUGCCCCACGACAGCAGAGAAGGAAUGACGGUAUCGUUGGUGGGGAAGACUAUGAGGAAGUAGACCGGUUCAACAGACAAGCACGAUCUGGAAGAGGUAGAGCCCCAGGCUCACACCAGAAUGUAAGAAGCUGGAGGUAUAAUCGGGAGGAGGAGGAUAGGGCUUUAUCUGCUGCCCUUCAGGCCUCGCAGGCUGCCCGUCGACAGGAGGAGAGAGGACAGGUUCAUGAGAGAGGCAACCAAAAACCACGCAAAGAGGAGAAAAUGGACACAGAUGAGUUAAAAAGCAGUAGAAAUGCAGUCAAGCCUCCUAAUGACAUACAAGGGCGAUCAGUAAAGAGUAAUGUUCCGCUCAUGGGUGAAGAUUUCCCAGUUUUAGGGGCUGGUGCUCCACCCCAACUGAUUCAGAGCACAAUCAAACCCACUCCUGUCUCACUGAAAGAGGAUGAUUUCCCUAGCUUGGUACAGUCUGGUACAGUGGCUUCAGCUACAGUGACAGCAUCGUAUAUGGCUCAGGCUAAAAAACCCUCCUCCUUUCAAGAGGAAGACUUCCCAGCACUCGUCUCAAAGAUUAAACCUCAAAAGCCCCAGGGGAACACAACAUCUGCUUGGUCCCAAGCAGGAAGUAAACCUGUGGUGCCCAACAAUAAACCUGUGGUUCUGCCAACUAAGGCAGCUCCUGCACUCUCUGCCUCUAUGUUUUCUGCCAGUGAUCCACCACUCUCCAGUAGCGCUCCUCAGGCCCUCACUUCUUCUCGCCGUAAGAAAAAGCUUACCUCUUCAGAAAGCGCCAAAGCUGCCGCUAAAAUCAAAUCUCCAAUCUCAUCGGAAGAUGAAGAUCCCCAAAGUGGUAAAACAACCCAGGAGAUCCGUGCUGUACCCACUAUGCUGGAGAUCUCAUCUCUGCUAACGGUAAAAGCUGGCUCACAGCCAAAUGUCAAAGUGGGUAAAAAGAAGAAGCAAGCCACGAUCAACUCCUCUGGGACAUCUUCACAUAAUGUGGAAUUGGUGACCCACGUGUCUCACAAAGAAAAUGUUCCUGAGACUAAGCCACCAGAUGGCAGUGGUUCCAAAGGCCCUGUGGCCCCCAAAACAAGCACAUUUAUUAAUGGAUAUAAAGAGAAAACUAUUUCUUAUGCAAGUCUUCCCGAAGAGCCUCCUGCCCCUAAAAAGCAGCCGAUAUCUAACCCGGGCCAUGUGACAGAAGAAGAAGAGUUCCCUGCACUUAUUCCGAAGAAACCCCCACCUGGCUUUAAAAGUACAUUUCCACUGAAGAACACUCAGACUGGGCUGCCUCCUCCCCCUCCUGGGCUUGCUGGUCCUGCAGUUAGCAAGCCUCCUCCAGGAUUCACUGGUGUCCCACUAAACAGUAAUGUAGUAGAAUCUACAGUGCCAGCUUUUAACAGACCAGCGCAGUCACCUGGAACCUAUCAUGUACCUGAAAACUUCAAACAGAGGAACAUGGACCUUAUUCAGUCUAUAAAAAACUUCCUCCAAAACGAUGAAUCCAAGUUCACUGAAUUCAAAAACUAUUCAGGCCAGUUUAGACAGGGUUUAAUCUCUGCAGCCCAGUACCACAAAAGCUGCCAGGAGCUGCUGGGGGACAACUUCAACAGGGUCUUCAAUGAGUUGCUGGUUCUCCUCCCAGACACACAGAAGCAGCAGGAGCUUCUCACUGCCCAUGCAGACUUUAAGGCCUUGGAGAAACAGCAGCAAGGCUCCAAGCCCACGAAAAACAAAAAGAAAGCCUGGCAGACAGGCACUUCUAACAACAGCCUCGAACUGGACUGCCAGGUGUGUCCUACCUGCAAGCAGGUGUUGGCCCUCAAAGACUUCAAUGCCCAUAAAACCCUGCAUAUCGGAGAUGAUGACUUUCCCUCCCUCCAGGCCAUAAGCAAGAUCAUCAGUUAACUGCCAGUAAUAGGGGCACUACCCCAGCACAUGGACUGACGCCUUCCCAAGGUCAUAGAUGUUUAAGAGGAUGAGAGAUGUUCUGCUAAAAGACCACACUAUGCGGUGUGACUAGAACAUUUGUAAGAAAGCAAGAAUUUUUGGAAAAUAACUGUCCAUCAAACUGCUUUGCUGAACGGUAAAGACUAAUCAGGGUCUUUUUGUCCCACUGAAAAAGUGAGGUUGUAACUGAAGGGAUGUUUAGUUUAAAGUAUUAAUUACUACUGUAUAUUCCAUUAUUUCCUAAUCCAGCAUCUCUGGAUUUUUUGCUAAAAUUGUUUUCAUCAGGUUUCUACCAAUGCUUUUAGCAUGGUCAUUUUCUAAUUCUAGUUUGCUGCAUUUUGAAAUUUAUUUAUUUUGUAAAUCUAUCAACAUUUCACUAUGAAAGACGUCAUGGCUUACCUGUUUCUCAAGUCCACAAAAAAUAAUAAAGGGGGUACAUUUAUCUGAAUGAAGAAAAA